UUCUCCUCUGCAGUGCUGCUGACUGUCUCCGAGAGGGAGAGUGCGUGCAUGGUGCAGUAUUUCACUCUACUCCGUUUAAUUGAAUGCAAUUUUGAAUGACACUGACAGAUGACGAAAGGAGAAAGCCUGGAGUUACAGCGUCAAAACGCAACUUUUUGAGGGGAAUUAUGAGAAACGUGGAGCUGUAAUUUUUAUUUCCAAUUGACAGCAGACAAGCCAAGUGGAGAUGGAGAACAAGGCCAUGUAUCUGAGUACAUAUGAAGAGAGAGAAAACGGCUCUAUGUAUGAAGAGGCCUAUGAUGGACACAACUUGUCCAAACUCAACCUGUGUGAUGAAGGUUCUAGUAAGCGUCGCAGGAAGCAGGAUCAGUGCUGCAGUCACCUGAACUCCCUCUCAGCCAUCAAGUACGCAAUCAUUUCCCUGUACAUCCUGGUUCUGCUCACCAUCUUCGGACUCUGCCUGGCAGUUCUUACAUUGGCCUACUCCCAACUUUGGAGAUUGGCCUACAUCUCCUAUGGAUUCAAAGACAUUCAUAUUUCAUUGCUAGCAGGAUCAUGA